GUGGCGCUUCCCAACCUUGGUCUCCUUCCACGAGUCACCAAGUUCCUCCUUACAGGACCUUCACCUUCACGUUUCUCUUGUCAAUCCCCUCAUCCCCUAUCUUUAUAUCUUCUCUCUGAGUCUCUCCAGUCCAGACCUCGCUCUCACACCAUAAUCAAGCAACUAGCUACUGGGUAGGUAGCUAGCUAGCAGUGAUAUGACAAGGCAGCGAGCUGAGCUUGUUUCGUCCAAGAUGGUGCUGAGGAAGGAGUGGGAGUUUGACACACCGGAGCAAUGCCGACAGCGCCGUCGCCGGAGAAUCGAGAUCAGGCGGGCACGGUGGUCCUACUCCGGCCACUACUACUUCCCUGUACGCCAUGAUCAGAACAAUUCAGACGACCAUGAGCAGACUUGUCUGUUAUCUGAUUUUGUACAACGGAGGCAAAAUAAUAAUAUCAGUCUGAAUUUUGAGGAGGAGGAGGAUGGGACGGAGGCAGUGGAGCCAACUGAUGAUCAUCAUGUGGUGGUGCUGCGGCCAGCUGUACUGGUUCCGCGCUAUUGGCUUCAUCUUAAUCCGAUGCCGGAGUUUGGAACCAUUUGGCUGACUAGGCGUCCAGAUCAGAUUCAGAUCAGUACGGAUGACUACGAUACGGUGUUCGUCAAGGAGGACUUUUGUCGGCUCGAUUUCGAUGAUGUUCCCGGCAGUGGUCGGCCUAUGCAUUUCUUCGCUGUCUACGAUGGUCAUGGACACCCUCAUGUCUCCGCGCUUUGCAAACGACAGAUGCACGAAUUCGUAGCAGAGGAGCUAAGGCGAGUGUUCUACGCGUCAGGGGGUGCCAAUGGUGAUAAAAACUUGGGCUUGGGUUCUUCGCAGGAGGAAGAGGCGAAGUGGCAUGUUCUGGUACGGACGGCCCUAGAGAGGAGCUUCGAGAGGAUGCACCGCCUGGCCCAGGACGCCUGCUCUUGUGGGAAUAUCGGGCACACAUGCGGGUGCAAGCCCAAUAUCAAUGCGCUGCCAGUUGCUGGGUCCACUGCUGUCGUGGCCAUUUUGACAGCUCAGCAUAUUGUGAUUGCCAAGUCUGGUUCUACACACGCCGUUCUUGGCCGCGCCGGGAGUCCUUUCCCACUCUCCCAUGAUCACAAGCGUGAAAGGUUAUUCUAUCACAAUGGCGUGCGUGUAUAUGGAAUUCUCAACAUGUUUCAUUAUCCGGGUCCAAGUGAUGAGCGCCACAUUUUGAAACCAGUGGUGACAUUGGAACCUGAGAUUUCCAUCAUAAAAAGAGAAGCAGAGCGAGACGAGUGCUUGAUUUUGGCGAACGACGGUAUUUGGGAUGUGAUGUCGGAUGACAUGGCUUGCAGGGUGGCUUGCAGGUGUCUUAGAGAUGACGGCCAUAUUAGUCCUAUUGUUGCUGUAGUUGAUUCUCAUAUAAACGGCCCUGUGCUUCUAUCUUCUAAAAGCCACCUAGCAGCUUCGCUGCUCUGCCGCCUCGCAUUUGCUCGUGGAAGCCUUGACGAUAUGAGUGUCAUGGUUGUCGAUUUGAAAAGUGGCUAAUUGAAGAAUAGAAGCAAAAGAAUAUGUGGGAAUUUAUAAUUGUAUUAUUUUCACUAUGAAGGGUUACAUUGGGAGAAUAAUUGUGGUUGUUCAAUUGGACAAGCG